AAUUAGUCAAUUGUUUCUCCGAAAAAUAAAAAACAAGUGCAAGACACGUUCAAUCUCUUCCUUUAAACCCUGCAACAUUUCCGGUGAAAAUGGCGGCGGCGGCGGUGAGGACGGUGGUAUUACCACGGCCGGUAACAUUUGUUACUGGAAAUGCUAAAAAGUUGGAAGAAGUUAGGGCUAUUCUUGGACAGUCUAUUCCCUUUCAAUCCCUUAAGCUUGACUUGCCAGAACUUCAAGGUGAGCCUGAAGAUAUCUCUAAAGAAAAAGCAAGAAUUGCUGCUAAAGAGGUGAAUGGACCAGUGCUAGUUGAGGACACUUGUCUCUGUUUCAACGCCCUUAAGGGUCUCCCAGGUCCUUACAUCAAGUGGUUUCUGCAAAAGAUUGGUCAUGAAGGUCUCAACAACUUAUUGAUGGCUUAUGAGGAUAAAACAGCAUAUGCUAUGUGUGUGUUUUCUCUCGCUCUUGGGCCAAAUACAGAGCCAAUGACUUUUGUAGGAAAAACACUGGGCAGGAUAGUUCCAGCAAGGGGACCCACUGAUUUCGGAUGGGAUUCGAUAUUUCAACCUCAUGGCUAUAAUCAGACUUACGCUGAGAUGCCCAAGGAAGAAAAAAACAGGAUUUCCCACCGGGGUAAGGCUCUUGAACUAGUGAAGUCACACUUUGCUGAGGCUCAAUACACUUUCCAGACCGACUCCACUACCUAAGAAAGGCUAGGGUGUAUGCCUCUGCAGUAGCAUAAUAUUCAUGGUUUUGCUCAAGAGCUAUAAUUGAUGACAAUGUAAGCUUCUUUUACUCUCCCAGAUAAAAUAGGGUGAAGGAUGAGAUACGUGAAAUUUUGGAACUUAUAGUAGUAGUUAAUAGAGUCUAUGAUCCAACACAACUUUUUGUUUAUUUUUAAUUUCAUUUGGUAUGGGAGAGGGAUGGAUAUUUGAUUUAAGACGAUGACGAUCCCAAAUAUUAUCAUGAAAUGAGAAUCGCCAAUGACCAUAUGAGGUGAUAACAAUCAUUUCCUCAACCAAUGUGCGAUACUUUAAUAUUCUCCUGUGCACGUUCAAGGCUGAACAUUUGGAGUGAUAUUGGGCCGAACCAAGAAUAAGAAUGUGUCCGACUUGAUACUAUGUUAAGAUAAUGGAUUUUAGAUCUAAA